UUCGCUGCUGUGUUCCUACGUGAAAAAUCACACAUGCCAGUCAUAAUAAAAUGGCGAAUCUAGAAGAUGAUCCCGCUGCUGAUUUUCUUGCCAGAGAACAAGAUGAAUUAGCCGGUUUAGAUGAUGACGGGUUUCAAGGUGAAACCGGAGGAAACAACAUAGGGGAAUUUGAAACUGCUGAGCCACAGCUAGAACUCGAGGGUGAUGAAUCUAAUGAACCGUACAUGCCAACGGAUGAGCCUGUGGAGGUGAAUGGGCCAGCGGAGGGUUAUGCCGCCAUAGCACAGGUUGACAAAGUACGCCAGGAGCCAGAAAAGAUAAAAAAGUGGCGAGAAGAACAGAAGGAUCGAUUAGCAAAGAAAGAUGCAGAGGAUGAGAAAAAGAGAACAGAUUGGAGAGAUCAAGCGAAGAAGGAGCUGGAUGAGUGGUAUGCCCGUCAAGCCGAGCAACUAGAGAAAACAAAGACUAAUAACCGUGCAUCAGAGAAGGUAUUCAUAGAGGAGCGUGACACGGACAUUCCCGGAGAAGAGUGGGAACGCAUCGCCCGUCUGUGCGACUUCAACCCCAAGACGAGUCGGCACCAGAAGGACGUGUCGCGUCUACGCUCGAUCAUUCUCCAGCUGAAGCAGCAGCCUCCAAAAACAUCGCAGUAGCAGCUUCCUCCGAAGACCUAGCAGCAGCAGCAGCAUCCUCUGAAGACCUCGUAUUAGCAGCAUCCUCUGAAGACCUCGCUGUAGUAGCAUGCUCCAAAGACAUCGCAGUAGCAGCAUCCUCUGAAUACCUCGCUGUAGCAGCAUGCUCCAAAGACAUCGCAGUAGCAGCAUCCUCCGAGGACCUUGCAGCAGCAGCAGCAGCAGCCUCCGAGGACAUCGCAGCAGCAGCAGCAGCCUCCGAGGACAUCGCAGCAGCAGCAGCCUCUGAAGACCUCGCUGUAGCAGCAUGCUCCAAAGACAUUGCAGUAGCAGCCGCCUCCGAGGACAUCGCAGUAGCAGCCGCCUCCGAGGACAUCGCAGUAGCAGCAGCAGCAGCCUCUGAAGAUCUCGUAUUAGCAGCAGCCUCCAAAGACCUCACAGUAGCAGCUGCCAGACUUGCAUCCGGUUUGUCCUCACAUCACUUUUCUUCUAGAAUAAAUGUUGAUGUCUGACAAUGGCAUACAGACCUCGCCGCUGCCGCAUUCAAAGCAGCCCGGUGUUUUCUUUUAUGCCACUCUGAAUCGCUUUCAUUCGGAAUAAAUUAUGUUGAUGUCCGACUGGGGUAUAGAGAUCUCACAGUAGCAGCCGGUUAGUGGUAGCACCACUCUGUAUCUCUUCGUCCUAACUGUACAGCACAUAGGUGUGAGAAUAGGGUGGUAUAUAUAUCCACUAGUGUCCUGCAACUUAUCUUCAGGGUUCGUAUGGCUGAGAGGGUCUAUGUCCCCCGCGGUACUGCCGAAACGUACACUGGGUACGGUCUGGUAUACCGGAACGU